GUUUAUAAUUUUAUACCAAAGAUAGCCCUGCCUACACAGUUAGUGUCAGUGUUAUCUUGAUUUUAUGACUGUGCUCUGCUGUUCUCUCUGACUUUCAUGAACCACACCCUCUCGCUCUCUCACUCAUGGUAAUCCAUAUUCUACUGUAAGUUCCCUGUCGCUCUCAAAGGAGAAGCAACACAACCGACACGUUUUCACACCACAUACAGGUCUUUGAUAAUGGAGAAAGAACACAACCCUCCUCCUUAUUACGGUCCUCAGACGACCCAGACAGGCAUAAAUUACCCUGGACCGCAGGCACCCUACCCACCUCAACCAGGUCCACAAGCUGCACCUUACCAACCUCCACAAUAUGGGUUUGGGGCUCCACCCACCACUGUCCAGCCCACCAUGAUCCCUGUCGUUACACAGAUGACGACUAUGAAUCUCACUGAUGUACCGGGCCGCAUUAUCUGUCCUCACUGCAUGACGGAGGUCCUCACGGAAAUCGAAUAUAUAAGCGGUUUGCUCACCUGGUUAAUCUGCGGAGGCCUUGCGCUCUUUAUAUGCUGGUUCUGUUGUUGCAUUCCUUUCUGUGUGGACGCGUGCAAGGAUGUGAAACACACCUGUCCAAACUGCAAAAAUGUAAUUCGCCUUUACAAACGAAUUCAAUGAUGAGUGAUCGAAGAUAUGUCAUUUGUACACUUCAUAUGGAAGUUAAACAUUGUGAAAUACUAUAGAACUGAUGCAUAAUUAAUCACAAUCUCAUAUGUAGAACAAAAGUUAUGAUAGAAAUGUCUAAUAAUAGAAUUACACUUUCUCUGGAAAAUUGUUGCAUACUUUCCUUCUGUGUUUGCAAAUUGUUUUUAUAAUGUGUGUAUAUAAAUGUAUGAAUAAAAUAAGUUGCAUUUAAGCUUUAUUUGCAUUGGACAAUCACUUGUUAUAUACACAAACCU